AUGUGGCAGCGUUGGCUGGGAGUGGUGUGUGCGUUGGCACUGUGUGUGCAGGCGGCGCUGGCUGUGAGCGCGUACGGAAACCGCGUGCUUCUGGUGCUGGAUGACGAAAAAGAAAACUACUCGAGCUUUAUCGAGACCCUCGACCAGAGCGGCUACCAGGUGACCCUGGCCAAGUCGGGCGAUGCGAAGCGCGACGACGUCCUGUUCUCGUUCGGCGAGCGCCAGUACGACCACCUUGCACUGCUCGUGCCGGAGCUCAAAGGGCUGAAGGAUGCGCUCGCGCCGCAGCAGCUCGUGCGCUUCGCCGAAGACGGCGGAAACCUGCUCGUCGGCCUCUCGCCGCGGGUGAGCGAGGCAUGGCGCGACUUUGCGCGCGAGUUCCGCCUCGAGGUGAGCGAGCGCGACACGAAGCUCGUCGACCACUUUGGGUACGACGCGGAGCGCGAUCUCGGCGACCAUGCGGCCGUCCUCGUCGGCGGACGCCGCGCGCACUUUGCGGCGGGCGGCGCGGCGAACGAGCGUGUCUUUUCGCAGGCGACGCGCGAGGCACUCGAGCGCGAGCCGCUCAUGUACCGCGGCAUUGCGCACUGGAUCGGCCCGAAUCCGCUCGCCUUUUCGAUCCUCGCGCCCCCUGCGACUUCCUACCAGUCGGAGGUGCCCAAGAUCGUCGGCGGCGAGGCAAAAGGCAUCAAGAAGCUCGAGGCGCACCACGACGCCGCCGAGCUCCUCACCGGCUUUGACGCGGCCUCGCCGGACGCCACCGCGUCGCUCGUGUCGGCCGUGCAGCUGCGCCCGAACUCGGCGCGUGUCACGUUUGUGGGCAGCGUCGAGCUCUUUGGAAAUGCGCUCUACGGCGACGACGUGCGGCCUCUGCAGCGCGCGGUCGUCGACGACAUUGUCCAGUGGACGUUCCAGGAGCGCGGCGUCCUCCGCGUCGUGCGCUCCGGCCACGAGCGCGUGCGCAAGAGCGAGGAAGACGUCCGCCCGGACUACGAAGAAGAGCUCGGCGUCGCGGCCAAGAUGUACCGCGUCAAGGACGAGGUGUUCUUCGUGCUCGAGCUGCAGCAGUUUGAGCACGAGUGGCAGCCGGCGCCGACGGACCUCGACAUCCAGCUGGCGGUGACGAUGCUGGACCCGUACAUCACGCUGCCUCUCGAGGGGCACGUCGACGGCGAGCACACGCGCUACCAAGGCUCGUUCCGCCUCCCAGACCGCCACGGCGUCUUUACGCUGCGCGUCAACUGGAAGCGCCACGGAUGGUCGUACGUGCUGACGGAGGACGUCGUUCCCGUGCGUCCGUUCAACCACGACGAGUACCCCCGCUACCUCUCGAGCUCGUGGCCGUACAUUUCGGGCGCGCUCUCGACGAUGCUGGGCUUUGCCGUGUUUGUCGCGCUCUGGCUCUUGCUGCCGGUCGACAAGGCGCCGGGCAAGACGGAAUAG